AUGGAGCGUGGAGGCGGUAGUUACUCCGACUACGAUGCCAGGGCGGCGGAGUUGAAGAAACAACUCCAGAGGCUGGUUAAGACCAUCGUCGACGAUGAGGAUUACAACCUCCACUCCAUCGAUCAAGCCAGAGAUGUUCUUUCUGCUUUGAGAGCGGUUAAGUUUAACAAACGUUCGACGGUGUCCACCGUUACGUCGUCUUUGAAAUUACACGAACCGCUGUCCUGCCCCCCCCAAGAGUUUGUGUGUCCUCUUUCUAAAAAGCUUAUGAGAGAUCCCGUUAUUUUAUCUUCAGGCCAGACAUAUGAUAGACCCUUUAUCCAGAAAUGGCUGAAAGCGGGUAAUCGGACUUGCCCUCAGACCCAACAAGUUCUUUCGCCCCGUUUGUUGACGAAGAACAUCCCUUCGUUCCAUGCCCUUUUUGGAGAAUCUGUUGACGCCAUCCCACGAUUGCUCGCCCCGCUUUCCGGAGCCAAAUCUCAAAGCGGCCUUCUUCACACUAAUAUCCAGGAAGAUGUGAUUACGACAUUGUUGAACCUUUCAAUUCAUAUGAAAAAUUCAAGACCUCCAUGUUGA